AUGAUGAGCUUGGUUCUGCUGGUGGUAUGGGCGGCAGGGGGGUGGGAGGAUUCGGAGGGGCAGGUGCGAGGGGAGGAGCAGGAGGAGCAGGAGGAGCAGGAGGAGUCAGCAGGGGGAGCAGGAGGAGUGGGCGGGGACGGAGAUGAGAUGGAAGUGGACGAUACUGCUGCCGGCUCUGAUACCACUAGCAGCAGCAGCAGCAGCAGCAGUGGAAGCAAAGCAGGGGGCUCGUCUGGGGGGAUACUGGGUUUCUUUUCGAGCAUGUUUGGUGGGGGGAGGAAAGCAGGCACUGCUGGGGAAGGGGCCGCGGAUGGGGGAACCGCCACCAGUGGAGGUACUGGGGGGGGUGCAGCAGGUGAUUGGGAUGAGGAGGAGGAGGGUGGUGUGGGCGUGGGAGGGAGCACAGGAGGGAGUGCAGGAGGAGUGGGUACGGAACGGGGUUUAGGAGGGGGCUUGGGGGGGGUUGUAGGAGGGGGAAUGGGGAGAAGCAGCAGGGCGGCUGGGUUUGAGGAAGGGGAGGAGGAUAUGGAGAGCUGGCAGGGAACAGGAACAGGGGCGACUUCAGGUGCCACCAGCGGCUCUAGUGGCAUUGAUAGGGGUGCGGACAGUGAUAUAGAGGAUAGCAGCAGCAGCAGCUUGGGAGGGAGCGGUGGCAGUGGGAGCAGCGGGUCAGGACUGUGGUCUUGGUUUUCCAAGAAGAAGAGUGGUGGUGAUAGCAGCACAGAAAAUGAUGCUAGCACUGAUGCGUCAUCGGUAGCAGCAGGAGCAGCAGCAGGAGGAGGUGCUGGAGCAGCAGCUUUAGCAGGUGCGGGUGAUGCGGACGACGAUGAUGGGGAUGGGCGGGUGGGUGGAGGGGCAACAGGAGGUGCGGGGAGGAUGGGCGGUGUUAGGGGUAGAGGUGCGGGCAUGGGAGCGGGCAUGGGAGGUGCGGGCAUGGGAGGUGCUGGAGCAGCAGCAUUAGCAGGUGGGGGUGAUAUAGAUGACUACGAUGGAGAUGGGCGGGUGGGUGGAGGGGCAACAGCGGGGGCAGGAAGGAUGGGCGGCGUAAGGGGUAAAGGUGCAGCACUGGGUGGUUCACGCAUGGGAAGUGCGGGAAUGGGAGGUUCGGGCAUGGGAGGUGUGGGUAUGAGAGGUUCGGGGAUGGAUGAUGGUCCAUUGCAGCGGAGUGGUUUGUUUGGGGAGAGCGGGGAUGCAGAUGGGAUGGAGGGUGGCAGGGUGGGACGUGGGGUGGGGAGGAGCAGAGCAGGGAGAGUGAGGGGGCGACCAGGUAUGGACACCAUGGAAGCCAGAGAGGGUUUUGAAGCAGGGGAGGGUAUGGGGGGCGGUGGGGCUGGUGCUGCUGGUGGGGUUGGCAGAGGCUCCAGGGGUGGUUUCAGGACGGGUCGGAUGGGCACUGCUGGUGCUGCUGCUGGUGCUGGUGCUGGUUUCACUGGUGCUGCUAGUGGUGGUGGUGCAGGUGGGUUUAGAAGACCGGGUGGGGGCCUUGGUGGGCGUGGCAGGGGACGGCCCAUUCUGGAAGACGAGGAAUGA